GACAUCGGCUCCUGUACCUGUAUAUAAGCAAAGCUCAACACUCAGAGAAACUCAACAACCUCCUCGACUCUAUGCGAGACAAUCUGCUGAAGUUGUGAAGACUUAAAGAGUGAUCAUCACUGUAAACAUGCUGAAGGUAGCUCUUGUGCUUGGAUGCCUCCUGAGCCUGACUCUGGCUGAUCCUAUGAACAUGGGGCACAGACGAGUUGCUCGCUCAAGCUCCUCUGAAUCUAGCGAGAACAACAACAACAACAACAACAACAACAACAACAACAACCAGGCCAUAAACAACCUGUUGACCCAGUUUCUGAUUCAGCUGAUCAGCCAGCUAGCUACCACUGCAGCUACGACUACAACAGCUGCUCCUACAACUACUGCUGCUCCUGCUACUACAGCUAAUAAAUAAAACUUAUAAUGUAACCAGAGAUCAAUAGUUGUAAUAAAAACUGAUUGAAUAACACAGAUUUUUUGACUUUAGUUCUGUGUUCUGUCAGCAUGUCAUGACGACCUUUUCUUUCAAUUAAACACUGGAUCGAGAUCA